AUGACCAUCGCAACGGAUGCGGCAAAAGAAAACGGAUCAAAUUAUGAAAAGUGGUUGCUUGAUAACGGUGCCAAAUUUAACAAUGUUGUCUUUGGACAAGAUCCUAAAACCGCCAUAUCCGGUCUAUUCUCUACCUGUUCUAUUCCCUCAUCAACUCUCCUUGUCUCCAUUCCUUCCUCUCUUUUCAUAACCACUUCUCGUUCUUACUCUUUCCUAACCCCCUUUUUGAACUCGCUCUCAUCACGCACGCUAUUAUCUCUCUGUCUCCUUUACGAAAAGAAACGCGGCCCAGACUCUUUCUUCCAUCCGUACAUUGGAAUACUACCCAAGAAUGUCCUAACACCGCUAUGGUUCAGGGAGGAGGAAUUGGAAUUGUUGGAGGGGACGAAUUUGGAAGUAGGUGUGAAAAAGAGGAAGGAGAGCUUGAUAAAAGAGUGGAAGACGAUUAGAGAUUUGCAUGAUGGAAUUACAUGGCCUGACUACCUCUGGGCCGUCUCUAUAGUAACCUCUCGCGCGUUUCCCUACUCCCUGGUUGAUCCAUCCGAUAAAACAUCAGCAGAGGUCCUAAUUCCUCUCGCAGAUGCAUUGAACCACGAACCCAGAAGAAAGAUUUUUUGGAAAUAUGCUAAUGAUGCGUUAGAGAUUGUAACCGAGGAAGAUAUCGGAGCUCGUGCUCAGAUUUUUAACAACUAUGGACCAAAGAAAAAAUUGCUAAUUUCACCUAGCUCACCCACCCAUGUUUUCCUCCUCUCUGAUAAUAAAGUGCUUUUAGGUUACGGUUUUACAAUACGUAACAAUCCUGAUGACUGGGUAGCAAUAAAAGUUUCAUUUUCGAAUUCUUCAACUCUAUCUCAAAUCCAAAUUCCUUCCAGCUCGCAAACUCAUUCCGACGAUUCUUUGGGGACGAACGGUGCCUCGGACGAAUUAUCCGAUGAUUCGUCUCCGGCUCGAAUUCCAUCUAAAGAAUACCUCCUUUCCUUUGGUGGGCUCACUAACACGCGCCAUUUUCUCUUUUCCGACUACCUUCCGCCUGCUCUGCUUGCUCAAUUGCGAGUUCUCGUGAUGACCGACACUGAGGUUGAAUUAUACAUGAACGUCGCGGGGAAGCGUUGGUGUGAAUUUGUGGGAUAUAGGAAUGAAUUGGCGAUGCUCGAGGCAUUUAAGGAAUUGGUUUGGAAGAAAAUUUCUGGACUGAGGCGGGGAGCCAAGCAAGGAAAGCUGAAGAAUGUGAGAAGGGAAGUUUUGGAUAGUGUCGAGAUUUAUAGGGAAGGCGAGUCAAAAGUAUAUACUGGAAAACACGCUCUCUCAUAUAUCCACGCGUAUGAAUAUGACAAUGCGAUGAAUGAUAAAUCGUUUGCGAAUGCAAUUAAAAAGAUUAUUGAUGAUGUUUAUGAGGAAGAAGAUGUUGUCCUUAUGUUGUAUUUGAUAUACGAGAGGCAUAACGCAACCUCGCCGUGGAGAAAAUUCUUUCAGGCGGUUGACGGAUACAUAAUGAUGGCUGAGAGUGACGAGGAAGAGAAAGAAAAACGGAAGCAAAUAGAACAAUUGCAUCAUUCACUGCAGUUGGGGGCGACAUGUAGUAUAUUUUCUGAUGCGGUGUACACGAUAGAUAAUUUCAUAUGGGCAGCUAAUAUUAUAGAUACAUUCUCAUUAACAUUUUAUCAAGAUGGAACAGCUCGUACUGGAAUAGUUCCAACAUAG